AUGAGAGCCAGAGCAGUUGUAGCUGAAGCACCGGAGCACUCACAAGCCUCAACCGUCCCCAGGAGGUGGACGACCACACCCAACACGACCGCACACCAGCCCGUUCACCGUCACACUGAAGCCUCCUCGGCUGUCGCCUCCACAACCUACACAAUCUACGACCAAUCAAAUUGCUCAGCCAAUUACAGUCUCCCGUCUUCUCAUGAACAACCACUCACAGCCUGCGAACCACUGCGUGCGUGCGUGCGCCAAUCACCACAAAGUCACCACCAACACCACCCCUUUUUCCACGUCCAAGGCGGAGUCCGUGCUCACCGCAGUGGCGCACUGAUAAGACCGCCGUGGUUGCACCCCCGCCCUGUCACUCUCUGUACUCGGCCCGACAAGGUGCACAAAGGCUCGCCGCAGUGGCGCACUGAUAAGACCGCCGCGGUUACACCGCCCUGUCACUCUCUGUACUCGGUCCGACAAGGUGCACAAAGGCUCACCGCAGUGGCACACUGA